AUGGGUUACAACAAGGUGAGUGUGCUGCUGGUUCUGUGGGCGCUUGCUGCCGUGGUUGUCGUCCACGUCGCGGCUGCGACUGGUGGCGAAGCAGAGAGCCUCCUGGGCGGCGACGGUGGCGGAGGCAGGUGCAACUCAACCGCCGAGUGCAACGACCAUGGCCACUGCGUCGCCAGCACCGCCGCAGGCCUCCAGCAAGACUUCCUCAACUCCAACGCCACUGGGGUCUGCCACUGCAACUCUCGCUACGCAGGGAAGUGGUGCGAACACAAGCGCAAGAACAAGCUCGAGGCAUUCCUGCUGUCCAUCUUGAUUGGUAGUACCGGGGCUGACCGCUUCUACCUCGGCUUCAUUGGCCUUCUGCUCAACGUGCUGGCCUGUGUUCCCGCCUGUAUCGGGUCCUGUCUGGGCACCUGCUGUGGUUUUGCCAGGACGGAGUACGUGGGAAUCGGCGACGACUAUGGCGAAGGGCUGACGUGCUCCUCCCUGUUCUCCAUCGGAGGGUCGUGCCUCACCUGCUGCAUGUCCCUCGGCAGCCUGGCCUGGUGGCUCACCGACUGGAUUCUCAUCCUCAAAGGCUCCCUGUACGACAACAUGUAA